UACAGCCGUGACUCCGUCCGAAACUCAUUCUAAUAUAAGAUAAGAGUUGAAGAAACAAACUAACGAAGAGAGUGGAAAAAAAAACAAAAGAAAAACGAAAUGUUGUAAUUCGUUUUCAUUGGACCGUUAUUCUCGUCGUCAUCAUGAUCCGUUCUCAGAGCUGACCAAUCUCGAACAACCCAUGCGGCCAAACGGCUCUGCAAUCUAAAACCCGAACGAACAAAAAAAGUCUGGAAAAUUUCGUUUCAAUUAUGAUGAGCGGUCUUCAUUGGUGACGAUACGCUUCUCUGGAACCACAUUCCGGUGAAGCCGUACGGCACCAUGAAACUGCAACCAAAUUCAUACUUCUGUUCGACGCACUGAUCAUUACCCAAUUUUUCCCCCGCACUAUCAUGCGUCCUUGGUUUGAAUAGGCAUUCCCCGUACCUCUGUCCAGAGGGAAAGAUGGCCUUCAUCAAGCAUCAUCGUAGUAUCAACACAGCAUCGGUUCUGGUUCAACUGAUUUCCACUGUUGCUCAUCAGUUCAGCAGCAAAUGCAAAUUAAUUAGGACGUUCGUUCCGCGUUUUCCACUGAAGUAAAAACCGAAACCGGUGAGAGAUGCUGACGACGGAGAAUAAUAACGGACCAGCCGUCCCGCCUAGGAGCCACCAGUUACCGCAACAGCAGCAGGUUAUAUCCUGUCCCCAUCUCAGCACACUGUCCGGAGCAACUAUUGUCCCCGCGGUAACGACAAUCAGCAGCAAACCACCGCUUUCGAUAAUCAAAUUCCUAGAACUGUGUUUGGCCACAACCUGUACCGUUCUUCACUACUACAGCUUCGACGAUGGCGAUCUGGUGACUGGCUUUAUUUCGACCGGCACCUUUUGCGGUUAUAUCGUUAUCCUGAUUACGGUUAUGAUAGGUUACCUUAUGAAGGCACAUGUUCAUCGCCGCUUGAAUCUGUUCUAUAGCCUGCUGGGAUGUGCACUAUUUCUCACCUCGGGUGUAUUCAUCAUCCAAGCCUGGGAGCACGCAUUUCGGACGCGAACACGCGAUCUGGCCAUCACCAAAGGUUCGGUUGCCUUGAUCAAUGGUGUCAUUUUUCUGAUGGAUACCAUCUUCACUUUUCGUGACCGGAAGUAAGGAAAGGAUAGUUUGAACUCACAGAUGAAAAAAAUAUUUUUUUACAUGGCAUGUGCUGAACAUCGGUCUGAAUAUCUAUGUCAGCAAGGCAAUCUAUCUAAAACUAUUUGUUCCACAUUUCAAUUUUCGCUUCCGCAAAUUGGAGAACCACAUUGAAGUGUUUAAAAAUGUUUCCGCUAAAAACCAGUUCAACGACCGACGCUCAACAUCCGGUAUAAUUGGCAGCCACCCACUGUGAAUCUCGAUUGGAAAGGAUUGAAAUCAAGCAAAUUGGACUGAAUUGAUUUCAUUACUCGCGCACCGAGAGGGGCCACUGUCAUCCCACUCCUUUCAAUUGCGUUGCUGCUUUUCGUUACCAGUGAAGUGAGCUCGAAGAGCUCCCCCUGGAAAGCUCUCAUUCGAUUGUCAGUUCCCGUUUCCAUGUUAAUAAAUUUGAUUUUAUGGAAGCGUUUUGAUCGCAGGAUUGAUUCACUAGCAACAAUUUUCCGCCCGACACUUGAACGAGUAUAUUCUCUUUCUACGUUGUUCCAGUUUAGUUUGUUGAAUUUGUCACCCCGUCAUGUUAUACAGUGUUCAGUAGUAGUAAUUAUUUAUCAAAAGGGGAUAUGGUUAUUCUUCUAUA